CUGGUGCUGACGUGUAUGGCCGAGGGCAGCUGGCCGCUGGAGUUCAAAUGGAUCCACAACGACACAGAGCUCACGCGCUUCUCGCUGGAGUACAGGUACCUCAUUCCUUCCCUGGAUCGUUCCCAUGCUGGCUUCUACCGCUGCAUUGUCAGGAACCGCGUUGGAGCCUUACUGCAGAGGAGGACUGAAGUCCAGGUGGCUUUCAUGGGCAGUUUUGAGGAAGGUGAGCGUGACCAGUCGGUCUCUCAGGGGGAGGGCGCCGUGGUCCCAGCGCCACGUAUCCGCAGCUUCCCCCAGCCGCAGGUCACCUGGUUCCGUGACGGACGCAAGAUCCCACCCAGCAGCCGCAUUGCCAUCACCCUGGAUAACACGCUGGUUAUCCUCUCCACGGUGGCGCCGGAUGCUGGGCGCUACUAUGUCCAGGCAGUAAACGACAAGAACGGAGAGAACAAGACCAGCCAACCCAUCACUUUGUCUGUGGAAAAUGUGGGUGGUCCAGCAGACCCCAUCGCCCCCACCAUCAUCAUCCCUCCCAGGAAUACCAGUGUGGUCACGGGUACCUCAGAAGUCACCAUGGAGUGUGUGGCCAACGCCAGACCGCUUAUCAAGCUGAGCAUCUCGUGGCGUAAGAACGGCGUGUUGGUGACCAGUGGCCUGAGUGACUACAACCGCCGGCUGACCAUCCUGAGCCCCGUAGUGAGUGAUGCUGGACACUACGAGUGUGAGGCUGUGCUCCGCAGUAGCAGUGUGCCUUCAGUCAGCGCCGGGGCCUACCUGCAUGUACUAGAGCCCCCCCAGUUUGUGAAGGAGCCGGAGAAACACAUCACUGCUGAGAUGGAGAAGGUGGUGGACAUCCCGUGUCAGGCACGAGGAGUGCCCCAGCCAGAGAUAGUGUGGUACAAGGAUGCGGUGCCAAUCAGCCCGGUCAAGACCCCCAGGUAUCGGGUGCUGGUGGGAGGCAGCCUGCAGGUCAACGGCCUCCUGCCUGAUGACACAGGAAUGUUUCAGUGCUUUGCCAGGAACCUGGCCGGGGAAGUCCAGACCAACACUUACCUUGCUGUGACCAGCAUCGCCCCGAAUAUUACAGCAGGACCUUCAGACAGCACUGUGAUAGAUGGCAUGUCUGUCAUCCUGCACUGCGAGACCUCAGGUGCUCCUAGACCUGCUAUCACCUGGCAGAAAGGCGAGCGCGUGUUGGCUAGCGGCUCGGUCCAGCUGCCCAGGUUCACCCUGCUGGAGUCGGGGAGCCUGCUCAUCUCCCCCUCGCACAUCUCUGACGCGGGCACCUACACGUGCAUGGCCAGCAACUCCCGAGGGAUCGACGAGGCGGCUGCCGACCUCGUGGUCUGGGCUCGCACACGGAUUACCACACCUCCUCAGGACCAAAGUGUCAUCAAAGGAACUAAGGCUGUAUUGAGCUGUGGCGUAACACACGACCCCAGUGUAACUGUCAGGCACAUUUGGGAGAAGGAGGGCUCGGUCAUCAAUGCUCAGUCCAUUCCUCGCAUGCGGCUGGAUGCAGACGGCACCCUGCACAUCUCUCAGACCUGGUCGGGCGACAUAGGGACCUAUACCUGCAGAGUCACCUCAGUGGGAGGCAACGACUCCCGCAGCGCACACCUCCGUGUCAGGCAGCUGCCCCAUGCCCCAGAGAACCCUACGGCAGUGUUGAGCACAUCAGAGAAGAGAGCUAUCAACCUGACCUGGGCCAAGCCAUUUGAUGGCAAUAGUCCCCUCAUUCGCUACAUCCUGGAGGUGUCUGAGAACAAUGCUCCCUGGGCCAUCCUGCUGGCCAACAUCGAGCCAGAGUCUGCAGCAGUGACAGUCAGCGGUUUGAUCCCUGCUCGCUCCUAUCAGUUCCGCCUAUGUGCCGUCAACGAUGUGGGCAGGGGCCAGUUCAGCAAGGAGACCGACCGUGUCUCUCUCCCAGAGGAGCCCCCCAGUGCCCCCCCACAAAAUGUCAUUGCCAGUGGGCGGACAAAUCAGUCCAUCAUGAUCCAGUGGCAGCCCCCACCCGAGAGCCACCAGAAUGGCAUCCUCAGGGGCUACAGCAUCCGAUACCGCCUUACUGGACUACCUGUGGACUACCAGACCAAGAACAUCUCCAACCCAGAUGUCACCAACCUGCUACUGGAGGACCUCAUCAUCUGGACUAACUAUGAGAUCGAGGUGGCUGCUUACAAUGGGGCAGGACUGGGCACUUUCAGCCACAAGGUCACAGAGUGGACACUCCAAGGAGUACCCACUAUCGCCCCUGGAAACGUACAAGCGGAGGCAGUUAACUCCACAACCAUCCGUUUCACCUGGACAGCCCCCAACCCUCAGUUCAUCAAUGGCAUCAACCAGGGCUACAAGUUGCUGGCCUGGGAGCCAGGACAAGAAGAGGAGGUUGCCACGGUAACAGUGCGACCCAACUUCCAGGAUAGUGUCCAUGUGGGUUAUGUGGCUGGUCUGAAGAAGUUCACAGAGUACUACACCUCCGUGCUGUGUUUCACCACACCCGGAGAUGGACCCCGCAGCCCACCCAGAUUCCUGAGGACACAUGAAGAUACCCCUGGUGCUGUGGGUCACCUGAGCUUCACUGAGAUCCUGGACACCUCACUCAAAGUCAGCUGGAGGGAGCCCAGCGAGAAAAAUGGCGUUCUCACAGGCUACCGCAUCUCCUGGGAAGAAUACAAUCGCACCAACACAAGGGUGACCCACUACCUCCCGAAUGUCACCUUGGAGUACAGGGUCACCGGGCUCACUGCUCUCACCACCUACACCAUCGAAGUGGCAGGCAUGACCUCUAAAGGCCAGGGCCACUUGUCCUCCUCCACCAUCUCCUCUGGUGUCCCACCAGAGCUCCCCGGCCCGCCCACCAACAUGGCCAUCUCCAACAUCGGCCCUCGGUCCGUCACCCUGCAGUUCAAACCUGGCUAUGAUGGCAAGACCUCUAUCUCUCGUUGGCAAGUAGAGGCCCAGGUUGGGGCGACUGGAGAAAAUGAGGACUGGGUGAUGGUGCACCAGCUGUCCAACGAACCUGAAGCCCGCUCCUUGGAGGUGCCGGGUCUUAACCCAUACACCUUCUACAGAUUCCGUAUGCGUCAAGUGAACAUUGUGGGCACCAGUCCUCCCAGCCAGCCCUCCAGGCAGAUCCAGACCCUGCAGGCCCCUCCGGACAUGGCCCCUGCCAACGUCACUCUGCGGACAGCCAGUGAGACUAGCCUCUGGCUCCGAUGGGUGCCUCUGCCCGAGUGGGAGUACAACGGGAACCCAGAGCUGGUGGGUUACAGGGUGCAGUACUCCCGUUCAGGCUCGCAGGGCCGGGCUCUGACUCACGUCAUCGCUGAUCGUCUGGAAAGAGAGUUCACCAUCGAGGACUUGGAGGAGUGGACGGAGUAUGAGGUCAGAGUCCAGGCCAUCAAUGGCAUCGGAACCGGACCCUGGAGCACGCCGGUCAAGGGCAGAACGAGGGAGUCCGUCCCCUCUUUUGGACCCACAAAUAUAUCGGCCUUUGCCACCACCUCGAGCAGUAUCCUGGUGCGCUGGUUCGAGGUCCCUGAGCCAGACAGAAAUGGACUCAUCCUGGGGUACAAGGUGGUGUACAAAGAGAAGGACUCAGAUAGUGCAGUACGGUUUUGGACGGUGGAAGGGAACGCCAGCCACAGUGUCCAGCUGACUGGUCUCGGGAAGUACGUGCUCUUUGAGAUCCAGGUCUUGGCUUUCACACGCAUCGGAGAUGGACGGCCCAGCUCACCGCCCAUCCUGGAGAGGACUCUGGAUGAUGUGCCGGGACCUCCUGUGGGCAUCCUCUUUCCCGAGGUGCGGACCACUUCAGUGCGGCUUAUUUGGCAGUCCCCUUCCCAGCCCAACGGUAUCAUCCUGGCCUAUCAGAUCACAUACCGCCUGAACUCCACCAAUAGCAACACAGCUACAGUGGAUGUGCUGAAUCCCAGCUCUCGCCAGUACACGGUGACGGGCCUCAAGCCCGAAUCGGUCUAUGUGUUUCGUAUCACCGCCCAAACUCGCAAGGGAUGGGGCGAGGCCGCGGAGGCUCUGGUAGUCACCACAGAGAAAAGAGCUCGUCCCCAGCCAACCAGCCGUCCCAUGGUGCCCCAGGAGGAGGUUCAGGCCCGCCGCGUCUUGUUAUCCUGGGAACCGGGCAGCGAUGGCCUGUCCCCUGUGCGUUACUACACCGUUCAACUCCGAGAGCUUCCUUACAGAAACUGGACCGUCCACUCAGCCUCUGUCAAUCACGAGGCUAGCUCCUACAUAGUGGACAGGCUGAAGCCAUUUACCUCCUACCAGUUCAGAGUGAAGGCCACCAACGAUAUAGGAGACAGUGAAUACAGCGAGGAGAGCGAGGCCAUCACCACUCUACAGGAUGCGCCCGAUGAAGCACCUGCGAUUCUCUCAGUCACGCCACACACAACAACGUCGGUGCUGAUUCGCUGGCAGCCCCCCACCGAGGAAAAGAUUAACGGUAUCCUACUAGGCUUCCGGAUUCGAUACCGGGAGCUCCUGUAUGACCGUCUCCGUAGUUAUUCUGUCCGCACUAUCAACAGUCCCUCCACCACGUGGGCCGAGCUCACCGCCCCAUAUAGUAUACGGAAUCUGAGUGACGCAACUCUGACCCAGUAUGAGCUGGACAAUCUGAGUAAACACAAGCGCUACGAGAUCCGUAUGAGUGUAUACAACGCGGUGGGCGAGGGGCCAACCAGCCCGCCACACGAGGUGUUUGUGGGAGAGGCAGUGCCUACAGCGCCACCCCAGAAUGUGGCUAUUCAGUCAGCCACAGCAACUCAGCUGGAUGUGACUUGGGACCCUCCCCCUGUGGACGCUCAGAACGGAGACAUCCAAGGCUACAAGGUUUAUUUCUGGGAGUUCCAGCGUAAGAAUGAGACGGAGAGGUUGCGGACCCUCUUCAUGCCUGAAGGAGGGGUGAAACUGAAGAAUCUGACCGGCUAUACGACCUACAUGAUCAGUGUAGCUCCCUUUAACGCCGCUGGGGAUGGACCCCGAAGCCCCCCUACAAGAGGACGCACCCAGCAAGCAGCCCCUAGUGCUCCCAGCUUUAUCCAGUUCAGUGAGCUUACCACCACUUCAGUCAAUGUGUCUUGGGGCGAGCCCACCUACCCAAAUGGCAUUAUCGAGGGCUACCGUCUGGUCUAUGAGCCCUGCACCCCAGUAGACGGCGUCAGUAAGAUUGUGACGGUGGAUGUGAAGGGGAGUGGCCCAUUUUGGAUGAAGAUCAGAGACCUGGCGGAUGGGGUCACCUACAACUUCCGAAUCCGGGCAAAGACCUUCAUCUAUGGGCCUGAGGUGGAGGCCAAUAUCACCACUGGCCCAGGAGAAGGAGCCCCAGGGCCCCCUGGAGAGCCCUUUAUCACCCGAUAUGGUUCAGCCCUAACCAUUCACUGGGCUAGUGGAGAUCCUGGACGCUCCCCCAUUACACGCUACGUCAUUGAGGCCAGACCCUCAGAUGAGGGUUUGUGGGAUAUCCUGAUUAAGGACAUCCCCAAGGAAGUGACAUCACACACCUUCAACAUGGAUAUCCUGAAGCAAGGGGUCAGUUAUGACUUCCGGGUUAUUGGAGUGAAUGACUAUGGCUAUGGCUCUCCAAGUCUACCAUCUCCUUCUAUAUCUGCUCAAAAGGUUGCACCUUUCUAUGAGGAGUGGUGGUUUCUGGUGGUGGUGGCUCUGGUGGGCCUCAUCUUCAUCCUGCUGCUAGUCUUCAUUCUCAUCAUUAGAGGACAGAGCAAGAAGUAUGCCAAAAAGUCUGAAUCAGGUAACAACUCAAACUGCAACGCCCUCACCCAUGGAGAUAUGGUCAGUCUGGACGAGGGACGUUUCCCUGCCCUGGAGCUCAACAACAGGCGCCUCUCUGUCAAAAACUCCUUCUGCCGCAAGAACGGCGUCUACACCCGGUCCCCUCCCAGGCCUAGCCCAGGCAGUCUGCACUAUUCAGACGAGGACGUAAGCACCAAGUACAAUGACCUGAUCCCCGCCGAGAGCAGCAGCCUCACUGAGAAACCCUCAGAGAUCUCAGACUCACAGGGCAGCGACAGCGAGUACGAGGUGGACCCCAACCGGCAAAAGACUCACUCCUUCGUUAACCACUACAUCAGCGAUCCCACCUACUACAACUCUUGGCGCCGCCAGCAGAAGGGCAUAUCCCGGGCACAGGCCUACAGCUACACUGAGUCUGAGUCGGGCGACCCGGAGCACUGCGCCCCACCGCCUUUGCCCCCUCUGCCCCCGCUGCCCCCUCAGCUCAGCUCCCCCAGCCCCCAGCCCCAACAGCCGCAGGGCCAGCUGCAGGGCCAAGGCAGUCUGUUCAGGCCCAAAGGUAGCCGGACUCCCACCCCCUCCCAACAGAGCUCCAACCCCCCCAGCCAACACAGCACCCUGUACAGGCCCCCCAGCAGCCUCGCCCCCGGCUCACGGGCCCCCAUAGCUGGCUUCUCCUCCUUUGUGUGA